UAUGAAAGAAAAAUCGAUUAGUGUAAUCGUCAACUAACGAGUAAAAUUUCACUUUGCCCAUCACUACCUCAAGCAGCACCAUCUGUCACUCUUUUUCCGCUGACUCCCAUUUUGCAUUCUCCUUCCUUCUUGACGUUUGCAUUCAGCAAAUUUAUGUCGAUGGCCUUUUCGGAAGGACGUUUGUGUGAAUCUGAAUUGCGAGUUGUUCGACUUCUUCUCUGUACAGAAAAACGAAACGAGAAAUAUUAAUUUUUCCGUUUUCCAUUCGAAUUAUAAAGAAAAAAACAAUUACAAAUUUAAAUUAUUAACUAAAGUUCUACAAUUAUUGUGAAUCUAUUUUUGAAAAUUUUAAAUAAAAAUUUUUUUAGACGCCAAAAUUGAAUUCCAUCAAAAUGCGUUGUAAAAUUAUUUGCUGUUUACUCGGGAAAGUUUGACACCACAGCUCUAGGCCUUGUGCAUCUCGGAAAAAUAAAAAACCAAAAAGAUACGAAAAACCACCACCAAACACCAAUCACCAGAGUGCAGAGUAAUUUUUUCUUUUUCACUAUUCCUAAUUCCUAUUCCACUGGCCAGACCACUGACGCGCGCCCAGGGAUCUUCAAUGAGUUUCUUUUUUUGUGUUUAUAGAAAUUGUGGUUUGUUAAAUAAAAAAAUCGGAUAAUCGGAUCGAAUUAAAAAAAAGAAAGAUUAUUUUCAUAUAUUUCGUAUUCGAAAACUGUUUUGUGUACCUAUCUGAAUAUUGCCAGUAAAUUGCGAUCGCAGAAAAAUGGGUGUCAACAAUUUUCUCUACUCCAAAAUUAUUUGUUGGUCGUCGUUGUCGUCGUAGUGUGGUGGUGUUCGGCGAUGGUGAUGAAUUCAUGAAUCCAUGAAUCCGAAUCCGUCGUGGCUGUCGUCGUCGUCAUCAUUGUUGUUGUUAUUAUUGGGUUGCUUGCUUUUUGUUCGUUAUCCCUGUUGAAGAUGUUCUCCGUGGUGCUUUGGUGGUCAACGUAGGCUUAAUUUAAUUCAUCAAAAAGAAGAAUCUUGGUACCUAAAUACGAAAUUCCAAAAAGAACAGAAUGGUUUUAAUCAUUUGAUUCAUUCAUUGAUUUUGUGUGAAUAUUCUUCUCAGUGGUAUUGUUUUUUUUUUUGUAUUGUGUCGGUGGUAACUUCUUCGGGUAGUUGUGGAUUCGGUGUGUGUACACAGUGAAAGUUCUCAAAAAGCAGUCUCCCAAAGUGAAAAUAUAAAUAAAUAAAUACAAAGAAAGAAAAAAUAAGAAUUCGUAUCUCAAACGGACGUGAUUAUUUUACUCUGCAAAAAUGCCUGUUCUAAUAGGAAUCGCAGAUUUCGUCGAAGAAACCAGAGAUGAUUAUAAUUCACCGACGACGUCGACUUUUGCGUCACGGAUGCCCGAUUGUCGACAGACAGUCUCAAUUCUCGAAGAGCGCCUGGAAAUCGAUAGGGAAGGAUUAACCAAACUAAAAAAGGCAGUUAAAGCCAUUCACAACUCUGGCAAUACUCACGUUGAUAAUGAAAUGUUCCUGGUGCGUGCCCUCGAACGGCUCGGUGGCAAAGUAAUUGACCAAGAAGAACCCGACAUUGGAGCUGCAUUCUUAAAGUUUUCAGUCGUCACGAAAGAGUUGAGUGCCCUCAUGAAGACCUUGAUGCAAAACAUAAACAACAUUAUCAUGUUUCCAGUUGACUCGAUGCUAAAGUCAGAGUUGCGUGGCGUGAGGGGAGAAAUGAAACGGCCUUUUGACAAAGCUGCAAAAGACUACGAAGCGAAGUUUAUAAAGAUUGAAAAAGAGAAGAAGGCCCAAGCCAAAGAGGCUGGCAUGCUGCGAACCGAAAUCGAUGCCGCUGCCGUAGCCGAAGAAAUGGAGAAGGAACGAAGAAUAUAUCAGCUUCAAACGUGCGAGUAUCUGCUUAAGUAUAAGGAAAUCAAAACAAAGACUGGUAUCGAGCUGCUGCAGCACUUCAUCGAAUACUAUCAUGCAUUGAAUAACUACUUCAAGGACGGACUACAGACCAUAGAUCACUUUGGCACCUACAUUGCCGAUUUAAGUGCCAAGCUCCAAAGUAUUAAACAAAAACAGGACGAUGAUCGGCGCAGCUUGUUGGAUCUGCGAACAUUGCUCCGUAGCACGCCCGACUUUGAACGAGUUGAGAAUGUAACAACGGAUAAGGGAACUGGUUAUUCAUUGCACCAGUUGCAGGGGGAUAAACAUCAUGGCAUUACCCGAUCUGGGCAUCUGCUAAAAAAGAGUGAAGGCAAAGUGCGUCGAGUGUGGCAAAAGCGACGAUGCCGAGUCACAGCCGACGGCUUUUUGGAUAUAUGCCAUGCCGAUGAAACUAAAGCACCCACUCGAGUGAAUUUGUUGACAUGCCAAAUAAAGCCUGUACCGGAUGAUAAACGCGGUUUUGACCUAAUAAGCUAUAAUCGUCCAUAUCAUUUCCAAGCUGAGGACGAAAGCGAUCAAAAGGCUUGGAUGGCUGUGUUAGUAAAUUGUAAAGAAAAGGCAUUAACAAAAGCAUUCCAACAUGCGAACCCACAAAUGAGUCCUAGUUUAGUUGAGCUGCAAAAGACUGUUAUAAGAUACGUCCAAAAUUUACCAGGAAAUGACCAAUGCUGUGAUUGUGGUUCUCGUAAUGAUGUCACGUGGAUAAGUUUAAAUUUCGGUGUUCUCGUAUGCAUUCAAUGUUCGGGCGUGCAUCGGGAUCUUGGAGUGCAUCAUUCAAGAAUACAGAGCUUAACAUUAGACAACCUGACAACAGCGAAUUUAUUAAUUGCUCGCGCAAUGGGCAAUAGUACACUUAAUGAGAUUAUGGAAGCAACACUGGGAAGAGGAAAACUAUCACCGGAUAGUACAAUGGAACAGCGAUAUGAUUUUAUUCGCGCCAAAUAUGUUGCAAAACGCUAUGUAAUGCGAACGUGUGCCGAUGACAAUGACCUUCGCUGUGAUCUUGAACAAGCCAUAGUUAAUGCUGAUAUGAGUCAGCUUUUGCAAGUUUGGGCUGAAGGAGCCGAUUUGACAUGCUGUUUGCCAUCAUCUGAUGAUGGAGAAACUGCCCUUCACUUAGCCAUUUUACGUGAAAUGGGUUCCACAUUGCAUAUAGUAGAUUUUCUUAUACAAAAUAUGCCACCAAAGGGCCUUAAUAAGGCGACAAAUCCCCCAGAUGUCAUAGACAUGACUGGAAAAAAUACUGCGUUACAUUUGUGUGCUCUGCAUGAUCGGCGCGAAUGUUUGAAACUAUUGUUGCGAUCUGGAGCAGAUUAUGAGUUAAAGAAUUCACAAAAUAAAACUCCUUUAGAAAUUGCCAAAGAAAUGGGUCACAAUGCGUGCCAGGAAUUGAUUGAAUGUGCCAUAAGAAGAGAAAAGAGUGCUUUUGAUCAUAUCAACACCGAUUGGAAUCUGCCAAAUGACGAUGGUUCAACAGAUUUCUCAGACGAUGAUACAGUCAUUGAUGAGCGAAAAUCACGUUCCCGACCACCAAGUUUUGCUGGAGGUGAUUCGCCCAUCUUGCGUUCACGUUCCUCGACAUGUGAUUCAAUACAAAGUGGUUCUAGUCCAAUAUCGAAUUGUCCGAAUAGACAAUUUCAGUUGCCAACAACAACUGUACCCUUUAAUCAGGCCGGUACUAGCCCGAAGCAACACAUUCCCAUCGGACAAUAUCUGGCUGGUGGGGGUGGUUCCAGUCCUGGUUCAACUACGAGCAGUCAAAGAGGUGGCCUUGUUCAGGGAGCCAGGAAAUCCACUUCAACUGCAAAUAUGAAUUCCUUGAAAAAACGUACAGCACCUGCUCCACCUCCAGUAUCUAAUUCCUUCUACGGUACCUUACCCCAUGCGCCUAGACAUUCACAGAAUUUCGAUAACAAUGACUCACGCAACAUAGUCAACCAUAAGAACCAAUCAGAAGUGGUCUAUAGCACGUUGCCACAUCUACGUAGUGUCGAUAGUGCACGGGGCGCAAUAUUCCAUUGUGAUAAUAAAGUAUACGAGAGAUUUGAUCCAACUAUAGCACAACAGGCUAAAGCAGCUGGCUUGCACGAUACCGGCGGGGUUGGUGGUAGCAGUCAGAGCCUAAAGCAAAUGACAACUUUUGGUCACAAACGUUCACCAAGCGGAGAAUCGUUGAAUCGACAUUUAGCUGGAGCCAAGCUAGUUCUACCACCGACAGGAGAAAUUCCUCAACUAAAACAUGUUGAUAAAUCUCUUUCAAGGCCGAAAAUUCCACCCCCAGGUCCACCAAAUGAAAGAGAAAUAUCAAAUGGACAAUCAAAUGAGAGUAUAAGUUCAAUGGAUGAAGGGCCGGUCGCACCACCCAGAAAGCGUAAAGCUGGAAAGUUAAAGAAAAUAUCGAGUCCUAGCGAAGAAACGCUACUCAAUCAAAACUAUACUGAGUAUGAACCAUGGAUGUCAGAAAUGGAUUCGUCUGGAGGACUUGAUUAUUCUGCUGAUUCAAAUCUCUCAUCAAUUGAUAAUGAACGUCUGAAUGCAUCACCAGAUAGUAAUCAGAAAGGAAAACAAUAUAAUAAUUACAAUGGCCACCGAAGAUGUCGCGCUCUCUAUGACUGUGUUGCCGACAACGAUGAUGAAUUGGAAUUUAAAGAAGGUGAAAUUCUCAUCGUUCUUAAUGAACGAACAGAUGAUGAAAAUUGGAUGGAAGGUGUUAUCGAAGGUCAUCCCAGUAGACGAGGGAUGUUUCCAGUUAGUUUUGUUCAUAUGCUACCCGAUUGAGAUUUACACUCCAAUAAGGAGUUCACAGAUAUUUGAUAAAAAUAAUAUUAUUUCCUAUUUGUACAGAAAUUUAAAAAAAUAUAAAUAUAUAUACAUAUCGUAGUAGUUUUGUCCCUAUUGUGAAUUCCAGAUUUCAUAAACUGUUCAUGACUGAGUUUAAAUUUAAUUAUAUAAUUAUUGUAUAUUAAUUAUUUAUUGGUAUAAAAGUUUUAAGUGAGCAUAAAAAAGUCAUACACUGCAUCAUUCUUAUGAAAAAUAUAAUAAAUAAGGUUUGGUAAGAAAAUAAUUCUUCGGGAAGGAGCUUUCAAAUUGACUUGCAUGGUUUGGAACUUAGUUUUUAAUUUAUUUUAGGUUGAUGUCUUGAUAAUCAAACAAAAACUUUCUAGAACAAUAUUGUUUAAUUACACUUUGACGAAAUUUUUAAUCUUCUAUGAGAAUUUUGUAUGACAAUUCUACUUAACAUGUCUUUUUAUAAAAGUAACACAGAAUGUUUCUCUUUUUCAAAAUCACAUUUAAAUAAAACACAGUUUUGAAAAGAAUAUCAAUUUUCUGGGAUUCAAGCGAAGGGACAGAUGUCAUAUACUUAACUCUAUAUUAAUAUGUGCGUAUAUUUAUAUUUAUGAUUUCUGUUUUUAUUUUAUCUUUUGUGUACGCAAAUAAAUUAUUAUAUCCUUAUCGUAAAAUUAAAUUAUUAUCAUAAUUGUUUGUCAAAUGUAUUAAAAGGGGUUUAAGCAGCUUUAAACUGCAUUAAAACAGAAUGCACAAUUUUCCUCAACUUAUAGUUCUAUAUUAUAUUUAUAUAUUUUUUUAAAUAAUUUUAUAUCAUUUAUAAAUAAUGAAUAAUCAAUAUUCCUUUCAGUAACUCAAGACCUAUUGUUUAUUUUAAAUACUUCAAUUUAAUAAUAAAACUAUUAUUAUUUCUUUUUUAAAUUCUAAGAAUUGUAAUAAACAUUUAAAAAUACAUUAUAAUCUUGAAAACAUAAACAUAUGUAACUAUAUUUAAUUAAAUUCGACUAUAUUAUAAUAUAAUAUCCUGUCUAUAAAAAAAAAACAUAUAUAUACACACAACAAACAUAAUAUAUACGUAUAACAAAAAGAACACACUUUAUCGUUAAUCUAAAUUGUAUGUAGUUCUUCUUGGUCACCCACAUGUAAAUGCAUGUAAAUAAAUAUUAACUUGGAGCAGAAAAUAUAAAAACGAAACAAAAUUUUAACAUUAUAAACAAAAAUAAUACGCGCUGCCAUACAAAAGAAAAAAGAAAGAAAAGUUUAUUGUGUUUUUGAAAAGUGAGUUAUGGAAACAUUUUAAAUAAAGUUGAAAUAUGUUACAGUUUCAAUGUUAUCCCGAGAGUUAUAUAUAAAAAGAAAAUAUAAAACUAUAUAUAGAAAGAAAAUUAUGUAUACAAGGAAACAAAACACAAAGAAUCGAAAACAAAUAUAUAUAUACAUAUAAACAGAAUAAAAAAUGUUGCAAUUAAAAUUUAAAAAAAGGCAAAGAAAAGCAAAAAAAAUAUCAGUCAUUGAACAAAAUUUAAAAAAAAAAUUAAUACUAUGAACUAAAUUUACAUUUUACUUAUUUCCUAUUUAUUUAUACAUACUUAUAUAAUUAUAUAAAUAUAUUUUAAUGUAUACUUUUUUCAGUAUUCGUAUUUAUUAACAGCAUUCACAAAAUAAAUUUAAAAAUUAUUACAAAAAUACAUGUAUAAUAAAAAAAAAGCAAAAGAAAAUUUAAUUAAAUUUGUUUAUAUUCAAUUUCAAAUUAAUGUAAACGAAAAUAUAUUAUAUUGAAAUUAAACGCCAAUGUAUUAUUGAAUUAAAGAAAAAUAUACCUCAGUAUGGUUCUAUUAUAGUAUACUCAAGUUUUUAUGUGUUUAAGGAUAGUUUUUCGAGAACUUGUUAAGGCGCAUUUACAGUUAAGGCGCAUAAGAGUAGAAGUAGCAUUUUAUAUGGACAAAGUUUUUGAUGUGGGCUAAAAGGGUAACAAUUUUCCGUCGGGUUUUAUGAUUUAUAAUCAGGAUAAGGUUACGUGAUACAUAAAUGCAUGGGUAAGUUCUAAAAAGUAUAGGAAUAUUUAAGUAUUUAAUCUUGACUUCAUUCUAUACUUUUUUGUAUUAACUGCUAGCUAAAAUGUCGACAGAAGACCACUCAAUAAUGAGGUAGGUGACUUAUUUUUCUAAUGGAACAGCAAUACAAACCAUUUUGAACUGUUUAGGGUAAGUUGGUGAAGUUUUUCACUAAAUUUUCGGAGGUUCACAUUCAUUUUCGUCAAUGAAUCUAAUUAGGCUAAUUAACUUAUCAAAAAUUAACGUCUUAUUUAUUAUUAUCCUUAAAAAGUGUUUUGUUGUUCUUUGGAUUUUGUAAUAAGUGUCAUUAUAUAGAUUUAACUACAGCCCCUGGCCAUAUUAUAAGACGCACUGCAGAAUUUUUAUAAUGUUUAGAUUAUACGCAAUAUUUUUAACGUUCAAGAAUGGAUGUAUGAUUACAUUUUUUUGCAAGAUGGAGCUCCAUGCCACACAGUCCGGUCCAUUAAAACUUAUUUGAGGGAAGAAAACAUCCCUCUGUUGGACAGGCCGGGAAACAGCCCUGAUUUGAACCCAUUGAAAACGUGUGGGAGCUAAUGAUGCGGUCACUUAUUGAAAGAGUAAUUCACUUAUUAAAAGAGUAAUUCACUUGUUGAAUCACCACGCACAAAUGCAGGAAACAGUCAAAUCAUGCAUUGACAGUUUGCCGCCAAGAAUUGAGGCUCUUGCAAUAGGAGGUUCAACAAAAUAUUGAAAAAAUACAA